AUGAAAAGUAGAAGCGGGCAGAGUCGCGGGGAGCAACUAGUAAUAGAGAACGGACACAAAUCGUGCCGAGAGUGGGGCGUCUCGCUGCGGAGGGCCCGUGGCGAAAAAAAGGCGAAGCCGGAGAACAAACCCCGCCCCCCGGCCCCCUCGGCCCGCAACCCCCUACCCCCGCGACGCCGGCGGGGCAUUGAACCCGCGGCGCCCGUCUACCUGCGCCGGCGCACUGCCCUUUUCUCCACGGAGACCCGAAUGGCCCGCAGACCG